AAUAAUAAUAAUAAUAAUAAUAAUAAUAAUAAUAAUAAUAAUAAUAAUAAUAAUAAUAAUAAUAAUAAUAAUAAUAAUAAUAAUAAUAAUAAUAAUAAUAAUAAUAAUAAUAAUAAUAAUAAUAAUAAUAAUAAUAAUAAUAAUAAUAAUAAUAAUAAUAAUAAUAAUAAUAAUAAUAAUAAUAAUAAUAAUAAUAAUAAUAAUAAUAAUAAUAAUAAUAAUAAUAAUAAUAAUAAUAAUAAUAAUAAUAAUAAUAAUAAUAAUAAUAAUAAUAAUAAUAAUAAUAAUAAUAAUAAUAAUAAUAAUAAUAAUAAUAAUAAUAAUAAUAAUAAUAAUAAUAAUAAUAAUAAUAAUAAUAAUAAUAAUAAUAAUAAUAAUAAUAAUAAUAAUAAUAAUAAUAAUAAUAAUAAUAAUAAUAAUAAUAAUAAUAAUAAUAAUAAUAAUAAUAAUAAUAAUAAUAAUAAUAAUAAUAAUAAUAAUAAUAAUAAUAAUAAUAAUAAUAAUAAUAAUAAUAAUAAUAAUAAUAAUAAUAAUAAUAAUAAUAAUAAUAAUAAUAAUAAUAAUAAUAAUAAUAAUAAUAAUAAUAAUAAUAAUAAUAAUAAUAAUAAUAAUAAUAAUAAUAAUAAUAAUAAUAAUAAUAAUAAUAAUAAUAAUAAUAAUAAUAAUAAUAAUAAUAAUAAUAAUAAUAAUAAUAAUAAUAAUAAUAAUAAUAAUAAUAAUAAUAAUAAUAAUAAUAAUAAUAAUAAUAAUAAUAAUAAUAAUAAUAAUAAUAAUAAUAAUAAUAAUAAUAAUAAUAAUAAUAAUAAUAAUAAUAAUAAUAAUAAUAAUAAUAAUAAUAAUAAUAAUAAUAAUAAUAAUAAUAAUAAUAAUAAUAAUAAUAAUAAUAAUAAUAAUAAUAAUAAUAAUAAUAAUAAUAAUAAUAAUAAUAAUAAUAAUAAUAAUAAUAAUAAUAAUAAUAAUAAUAAUAAUAAUAAUAAUAAUAAUAAUAAUAAUAAUAAUAAUAAUAAUAAUAAUAAUAAUAAUAAUAAUAAUAAUAAUAAUAAUAAUAAUAAUAAUAAUAAUAAUAAUAAUAAUAAUAAUAAUAAUAAUAAUAGUAAUAAUAAUAAUAAUCAUAAUAAUAAUAAUAAUAAUAAUAAUAAUAAUAAUAAUAAUAAUAAUAAUAAUAAUAAUAAUAAUAAUAAUAAUAAUAAUAAUAAUAAUAAUAAUAAUAAUAAUAAUAAUAAUAAUAAUAAUAAUAAUAAUAAUAAUAAUAAUAAUAAUAAUAAUAAUAAUAAUAAUAAUAAUAAUAAUAAUAAUAAUAAUAAUAAUAAUAAUAAUAAUAAUAAUAAUAAUAAUAAUAAUAAUAAUAAUAAUAAUAAUAAUAAUAAUAAUAAUAAUAAUAAUAAUAAUAAUAAUAAUAAUAAUAAUAAUAAUAAUAAUAAUAAUAAUAAUAAUAAUAAUAAUAAUAAUAAUAAUAAUAAUAAUAAUAAUAAUAAUAAUAAUAAUAAUAAUAAUAAUAAUAAUAAUAAUAAUAAUAAUAAUAAUAAUAAUAAUAAUAAUAAUAAUAAUAAUAAUAAUAAUAAUAAUAAUAAUAAUAAUAAU